AAUUUUGUACGCCUUUUAGUCUACAAAACGUUAGUGACGAUCUAAUCAAAAAAGUUUAAAAGGCCAAGUAAAGUACUAAGUUGAUUGAUUGAUUGUUGGUUGCUUAAGUUGAAGAGCAUUGAGGACACAAAGGUUUUGCCAAAUAAAGCUAAGGUAUAAGUUUACAUUUGUUCUGGAGUGUGCAAUGUCUUUUCGUAGGUCUUCAUCACACUAAUGAACACGAAGAGAAAAAAUCUUCUGGAACUUUUAAACUUGUGAAUUUGAUUCAAAUGGAAAGAAUACAAUGCCGAAAGAAAUUUACUACUACCACUGGAAUAGAAAGUAACGCAUACGAUGUAAACUAACAUUAUCAACUGUAGCCUCGCAUCCCGGUCCAACUCGGAUCCCAGGAUAUAUCACCUGAUCUAAACGAACAAUCUUAACAUAUACGAAAUGUAACAUACAGAUAAAAAUACACGCGGAAGUUCAAUACUGGAUGUUUUAAUCUAAAAGAUUUGACCGACAUUAUCUAAUCAAAUGUAAUCAAGGAAGUUAUAAAACAAUGGCUUUUUGUUCUUUUGGACUCAGAUAACAUUAAUUAAGUUUCAGAAUAAAACCGAAAGAUGCUUAGUGUGACUAAAAAAGACAGAACAGCCGGGUUUGGCAGACUUCUGAGAGAAAGAAAGUACAAACGCCAGAAAAUAACAAAUGGACGAGAGCCUGUAGGAAAUCUGGUAAAAGAAAUUGAUGAACAUGUAGAUAGCGAAGAAAGUGAUGAAAGUAUAAAACCGUCACAAAAUAUGAGACGCAAGCGUAGAGCUGUUGUCACUAGUGAUAGUGAAAGUGAAAACGAUAUAGUAAAAAAGAAACGAAACAAACAUCAAAAUACUGAAUAUUAUGGUGAUAAAUAUAAUUUCACAAGAGUUAGUGAUAAUUCAGAAGAUUCUUCUAGUGUGGAUGUGAAAGCAUCGGAUAAUGAUGAUGAUGACGAUAAUAAUAAAGAUGACGAUUACAAUGCGGACGAUGAUAAUUAUGAAGACGAUGAUGAUGAAGACUUCAUCGACGACAACAAAAAUGAUGACGACUACGACCACGAUGACGAUGACGAUUACAACCCCGAUGAUGAUAAUGAUAUUUAUGACGACGAUGAUGAUGAUGACGAAGACGACGAUGAUGAUGAUAAUGAUGAUGAAUUUGACGUCGAGGCGAUGGAUGACGAGGAGGAAGAUGAGAAAGACAAAGAGGAGACGGAAGAGGGAGAUAAAACAAAUACUUUACAAAUAGAUAAUGUAAAUAAUGAAGUACCCAAAGGGGAGAUGUCAAUUUUUAGAUUAGAUGUGCAUAAGGUAUACGGGCUUGCUAAUGUAAAGUCAGAAGAACAGUUACUGAAGAUACUUGUCAAAGCAGUAACUGAAAUGAAAUGUGUCAAACACGAAGCAUUAAAAAAUAGAAAAUGCGAACCUUUUUUACUUGCUUAUUUCUACUACAAAACUGAGAGGGACAUAAAUUCAACAGCAGAUUCAAUAAACAGACAUCGGAAGUUGGAAGAUCGUCAAGCUUUUAUACCUGGUUCCCGCAAAACAGGCAAUAUUCUAACUUACUACAGGUUCAAGACCUCCAUUGAACAUCAAAAAAUUCCAGAAGUGUAUUUCCUAUGUAAUGGCGAAGGAUAUCAUGCCAUUCUUCAUUUAUGUGACACUACAUUUAGGUCUAAAAUAGCAAAAGAAUUUAUAGAUGGCAACAAAAUUAAAGAAAUCGAGACUAUUAACAUCGCUGGACCUGAUGUUACUACAAAAAUUACAUAUAAAAGUAAUUUCAACAUCGAAUGUCAUUCCGAAUCAUUUCUGGAAAAAGUUGUGAAUUAUCUGGCAGGCUAUAUAAAGACAGAUUCACAACUUUUUACAGUCAUUCAAGGUAAAAAAGGGCAAGAUGUAUUAAUGAAAAUAGGCUUAAAUUUCGUCAGAGUGUGUAAACAAAUGACAUACGGUACUUAUGCAUGCAUCUUCGAUUUGUUUUCUUUGCAUACGGAGAAAUGUUCUGAUGAAACCCAUGCAUACUUUUUGGAAGCUUUAGACUAUGUGCAACGUGUAACCAAUCGAACAGAAACUGGUAAAUUAAACAAACGCUUCGAUAAGGAAAUUGUAAAUAUGAUAUUAGAAAAAAAAUUGUCUGACCGAUAUUAUUUAAGUCAUCGAUUUGCAAGAGACUGGGAAAUAGCCUCUGAGGUUACUUUAAAUGAACAAUUUAUUGAUAAAUCUGUUAAGAAUAAUCCUGACAAAUGCCAAUACAUGCGUUCAAUAAAGUCAUGGAGCAGUGCUCCAACUCUUCAGAUGGUAACUCAAGCUCUUUACCGACACUUUCCAGAUAUUAGUAAGUUAAAGACAGCUUUGCGUCUUAAAAGAAUAAAGCUGAAAUUCUCAAGUCAAAAUUGGCAGAAACAGGAACAUAGUUUGCAGGAUUUUGUACAUGGUUAUAUUGCUGAUAAAAAUGAAAAAUGUUAUAAAAUUGCUCAAAAAUGGUUUAACCUAUCAGGCAAGUUUAGUCAAAUAAUAAACAAGAACUUUCAAAGGUUCUUAAAAUUUCAUCCGUUAAUGGAAUUUGAAUUCAACAAUCACUACAAAGGAUCAGAAAUUCUAGUAUUUCCAUGGUGUUUCUCCAAUGAAAUUGCCAAAUUUGAACUAACUGAUAUAGCAACUGUAUUGGCCAUAAAUGAAGAAAGUGCUGAAACAAUAACAGACAUUCUUUGUUGUUCUUUGACAGCUUAUGACAAAAAUUGUUUUCAACUAACUAAAGACAGUUGUCUGUUACCCUAUUCAUCACCUUUUCAUAAAAAACUUACCAGAAAGUUAAAAUAUUUCUCAGAAAAAAGAAAAGAUGCUGAAUCUACUGCAACUAACACUUUUCUUUUUCAGCAGUAUGAACAAAAACCUGAAAAAAUUGAGAAAACUGCAAUCGUUCAAAAUAUUCUUGCACAAGAAACUAUAUGUUGUGAACGUGUGGAUGAACUGGAAGAAUCUUUCAAUGUCAUUAAUCCGGUCAUCACAAAGAAAAUGUUACGGAAGAUUAAAACAUUGGGUUUGAACUUAAAAGAAGGAAAAGUAGUGAAUUUCUUACGAAGUAGAUGUCCUUUGAGAGAGGAUGAAUACAAUGAACUAUACCUUUAUGGCGAACAGUUUUCUAAACAUGACUUAACGUAUAUACCUGGAGAUAAAAUACUGUGUAAUGACAUAGUUUUAUUUGAUGUUUUAGCUUUUGAUGAAAAGAAUUCACAGACUUUUCUGUUUCAUGUUAAAAAAGAUCUUGACCACCAAACUAGGGAAGCAUGUUCACAGAUACGAAAUGCAGCUGAACUGUUAUGGCAUGAUUUAAUUAGGGACCAGGAUAAUUACGUGCAGUUAUUCUGGGAAAAUGCAUCCACUCUACCAAAGGGUGGCAAUCCAUCUUUGAUAUUUUUAAAAGAAAAAAUGGACAAAAUCGGCAAAGAUAAAUACAUCCGAAUGUUUUCCAAAGAUGUGAAAAUUACUUUUGUGUUUGCAUUCAUGACAAUUAGAGGAAAAACAAAGAAAGAGAUGAAUGUAAAAAAAGCGGUGACAAAAAAAGAUUUUAAAGAUAAUGACUUCCCUGUUGGUGUUUUUCGGUAUCUAAAGCAACAUAAUAUAUUGAAAGAUAAUGGUUGUAUUUCUGAAAGUUUUAUUAGAAUGACAUCGAAACAGUUUGAGCAUUUUGCCAUUAACAUACCAAAUGUUAACAAAGAAACAGCCGACCAGCUUUACAGUUUCUUGUUAGAACAAACUACAUACAACUUAUCAACUACUACGAAACUAGAGCUGCUAACACUUGAUUGUAACUUUUCACGAUAUCAGAUGGGAGGAACGAGACAUUUUGAUCUUAAGAUAAUGCAAAUACCAUCAAAAUAGUAAAAAAAACAGACAGGGACUACAUUUGACAUUAAUAUAUCAAAGUGUACUUACCUUUCUUUAAUUUUUUCUCCUCACGUGAAAUUCUUUUGGUAUUUCUUUAUGUUUGUUUCCAUCGUCUUUUAUCUUAAAAAAGCAAAAAAAUCAUAUGAACUAC